AUGAGGGAACGUGACGACGGCAGCGAUUCCGACCGCCGAUGUGUUGGCGACUUUGACCGUGGGGUGUGUGAAGAAGAUAGUGACUUCGCAGUCGACUCGUCUGGAUCGAGUGCGGAAGAGCCGUUUGUGGACGCAAAUGUGAGCACUAUGCAAAGUUUCGACGACUUCAAGUACACUUACGUCAGCAGCAGUGCAAGCCCGCAUGUCAAAGGCCACCACAACUUGGAUGCCGCAGGGACUUCAUCGAGAACCAAGAUCCACCCUCGUUUUCUGUCUGAAAUCGAUAACGUGCUCCUUGGUGGUUCUGGGCCGUUCGCUGUCCUCACCUCACUCACGUUGGCGUACUCGAAAACUCCCCGCGUUCUGGAGGAACUGCCGACUCGGGGCCAGAUUCGAAGCUGGCGGGUCACUGUCAUGCGAAGCAAUGCGGGGACGAACAUUUCGGUCGAAGACCAGAACAAGACACUUGUUCUGGACAUCUUCGAGCACUGCUUCAAAGACGCAGCUGACCUGGAUCAAAUGUCCCUGGGUCUCAUCGUGACAUUACGGCGGACCUUUUACAACGUUGUCGCGUCAAUGAACGGACAAGGGACCGAUGUUGCUUCCUCCGCAGAUGGACGUACAAGCUCCAUCACGUCCACUGCGGCGCAUUCGUUUCGUCCUUGGGUGUACAUGUUUGUUCGAUCUGAAAGUGAAGUGAGCUACGUGAAGAUGUCCGAGGCUGUGAAGAAGUACGCCCACGUGUUCUUUGGCCGUGACCUUCAACUUCUAUUUGGAAGCAUCGACCGUCGUGAUGCAAUCCUCAAUGCUUACUGCUUUAUCUGA